CCUCCCUCUUCUCAGGUGUCCGCCCACAACCAUGUUUCUCAAGGUCCUCUGCCUCUCCCUUGGUCCUCUCAGCCGUCCCUUCUGCCUCCCUCGAGGUUUACACAGACCAGACGCGGAGGUGGUCAUGUGAUCAGCCAUGUGUUAUGAGGUUCACGCAUUACCGAUUAGAAUGCGAGUCCCAUCCUCGAUCUUCCACUUUUUUACUUUUGGCCUGCGUUAGGCUUCCAUUCUGUUUUUUUUUUUUUUUUUUUUUUUUUUUUUUUGAGUGAUACUGGGAGGGAGACUUCGCUCGAUAUGUUCUGCGUGUGCAUGAAGGCGUCCCCACGAGCAGGCGAGCGAUUUUCCCGCCUUAAUUGUAAGGACGUGAACCUUACUGAGGAAUAUGUGCCUGUCAUCGUUCUGAGUCUCCGUAAUCCCACAGGGAGAUCAACAGGCAGUGUUUAAUGUCACGUCGAUUGUACAUGUUGUUGCGAAGGCGGUCACGUUCUGUUUGUUACGGCGUCGAGUCGCUCUUAGACCUUCUCGAGGAGCACACCCUUUCCCAUGUCUCUCCUGCAGAAGCUCGAUUGCGCGCCCCAGUUUGUGGCCGCCGCGCCCUCGCUCCGCCGUUAUCACAUGGGCACAAGUAACAAGAUGGAGGUGUCAGCGGAGCAGGUGGAGCAGGCGGUGGUGGAGUUCUACCGGGACCCAGUUGCCAAGAGUGGCCUUAACACAUGGCUCAUGCAGGCCCAGCACUCCCGCCACUCCUGGACCUUUGCGUGGCCUCUUCUAGACCCCAGGAAGCCGGAAGAAGUGCAGUUCUUUGCAGGAAACACAGUAUACAUGAAGGUGUCGAGAUAUUGGCAUGAAGUCCCUAAGGAAGAAUAUGAACCCCUUAAAAUCAAGAUCCUUAACCUUAUAGCGCAGUAUAGCAAUUCUAAAGUCGUUCUAAAUAGAUUAGUCAAAUCUUUAGGGGCAUAUGUCAUCCACACAAUCCAGCAUGAUUGGACUACUGCCAUACAGGACAUUAUUACCAUGUUCGACCCAGGAACGGUGCCAGGCAUCGAACCUUCCACAGCACUGAAUCUUCUAUUUAGUAUACUUACUAUAAUACCUGAGGAGUUGGAAACUAUGCAAGAAGCAAUGAGUAUCAAUAGUAAAGACAAGCAGGUAAUAACAGCAGCUGUUAGAAAUAGCCAUCAGUCAGUGCUGAGUUUGAUCUCCCAAGUGAUGCAAGCUGGACAGAUCAGCAAUGUGAUAAAGGAAGUAGUGCUCAAGACUUUGAAUGCGUGGCUCAAGCUCUCCUUGCCACUCUCUGAGACCAGAGACCUACUUGUGGCAUUAAUACCUUACUCCAAUUACGCUCUCUUGUGUGAACCUGUAAUGGAAGCACUAAGAACUGCAGUCACUGAUGUUGGUACUUAUAACAUCCCCAACACAGUGAUGGACUUUGUCACACAGAUGUUACGGUUGAGGCCUGUGCUGGAGGAGGCUCAGCAUGCAAAUGAUGAGAAUACAGCAUCAUUGGUGUACAGUUUGUUUACCUCUGUAGUUGAAUGCCAUUCACGGCUAUUGCUACAAUGUGCCCUUCAAGCAGAGCACCAGGCAACGGUGGUGCAGGUAGUUGCACUUUUACUCCAGUGUGCGGCUACCCCUGGCCAGUACCCUACCGACGAGACUACCUCUAACAUUCCCUUCGCUGUUUGGUUUACCAUUCAGGAUGAUAUUAUGACAUUUGAGGGAGAGCAGCAGGCAGAAUUGCUUCAGCUCUUCCAGCCAGUGUACCUGAAAUUGGUGGAUACCUUCAUCCAGAAAUCCCUGCUGCCUCCAGAUAAUGCUUUGUCUGCAGAGGAGAAGGUGUUCCGUUGUUACAGACAAGACAUCUGUGAUACCUAUAUGUAUGCAUAUUAUGUAUUACGAGGAGAUAUGCUGAGUCAUUUAGAAGUUCAUCUUAAGGAUGCUGUAGUUAAAAUGCAGAGUGACCCCACUGACUGGCGGUACUUGGAAGCAGUCCUGCAUGCAUACUCCUCUGUAGCUGAAACUGUUGCUGAAACAGAUAACUUUUAUGUGCCACGCUUCAUUCAGAGUAUACCUCAGAUACCAUUCUCUGAUAAUAUUCAACUAAUAUCUGUGGCAUUAACAACACUAGGAGCAUAUGCAGAUUGGCUGAACUACCACCAAGAUCACAUGCACCAUGUCAUUCCCCUCAUGGUGGAAGGACUUGUAAAUGCCUCUCUCGUUGGGGCUGCCUCCCAAGCCCUCAGGGACCUUACGUUAGAGUGCCCUCUCACCAUCUCUCCCUUCUCACAACCCAUCUUGACAAGCUGUCAGAGAGCACUGGAGCAGAGUCGACUUGACAGCGCUGAGACAGAGCGAAUCAUGACCAUCAUCAGCCGAGUGCUCUCUGUGGGCAAGGACCAGCCCACUAUCAUGACCUACCUCAAUGCUACCCUCACUCCCUACAUCUCACGUCUUAGUCAGCUAAAGGAUCUCAUGGGGAGUGGCCUUUCACGAGAGCAACACAACGAGCUGGUCUCCCUCCUCAAACUCCUCUCCUGUAUGUCUCGGCAUCUCAACCUCAACAACACAGCUGUGGAGGAGGAUGACGAUGAAGAUGGAACUACAAGAAGACAUUCCCAAGCAGUCAGUGGAGGGCCCCAGCCUUUGCUCUUGGUUUUGCAACAGUUGAUGCCUCUUCUGUCUGCCAUUGCCUCAAAAGCAUCAACAGAUCAGGAAGUGAUAGAGGCACUGUGUAAACUCUUGAAAAACAGUAUAAGCACUUUGGUAGAUGACUGUGUGGCGAUCUUGCCAGCAAUCCUAGAAAUUAUACCUCAGCUCUAUGAAGCAUCACUCAACCCAGCAAUAUUAGAUUUAGUCAAACAGCUUGUCAUUCUGUUUGGUCGAGAGGGUAGUCAAGAGGCCAACAUGGGCGUCCUGCUACGGAUGGUGACGA